AUGAUCCAUUCAGUAUUGAUAUUCCGUACCUCACAAGAAUGUUCAUUUAUAACACCACCUUCUUUAUUAGAAGAUCUAGAUGAUAUUAAAGUGAUAUAUCGACAUUAUGCAACAUUAUAUUUCGUAUUUAUUGUCGAUGAUCAAGAAUCAGAAUUGGGAAUAUUGGAUUUAAUUCAAGUAUUUGUUGAAUGUUUAGAUAAAUGUUUUACUAAUGUUUGUGAAUUAGAUUUAGUGUUUGGAUGGCAAGUUUUACAAACUGUUUUAGAGGAAAUUGUUCAAGGGGGAAUGGUUAUAGAUACUAAUAUUAGUAGAAUUGUCGCCGCGGUUGAUGAUGCCAAUAGUCAGAAGAAUGGUGGUAUGGCUAGUUCGGCAAGUGGUAUUAGUUCGUCAAUAUUACUGUCAUUUUCACGAGAUCGUGGGUUUUGGGGUAGGUAG